GCCGCGUGGUGGCCGCACAAGUUCCCACUGUUGAGGAGUGAUGUGGAGGUCCGCCCACAUCAGAGGAUGAUGGAGAACUGGAUGGACAAAAUGGACUUCCAGGAUCAAGUGAGCUGGAGCUUUGCAAAGGAGCCUCUCAUGGAGUUGGUGCCUCCAAACCACCAUCUGUUCGGCUCGGUGAGGAGGGCGCCGGCGAGAGGCUGCGGCUCCUUCGCCAUGGAGGCCAGGAUGAGGCUGGACCAGCUGAAGUCUGGAUGUGGAUCCUCUCAGGCUCCCAGGGAUCUGAGUACUGGACCGCUGUGGAACCCAGCUCACCAGAGGGAGACACCAGAAACAGUCCUGGACCUGGUGGAGCUGCUGGAGGUUGAUGAUGAAGAGGAGGACGAAGGCAGCUGGCUGUACGCGCCAACAAAGACGCGGGGUCACGUCGACAACGAUUCGGCUCUGAGGUGGUGCCGGCAGGUUCUGGAUAAUCCUGCUCCUGAGGUGGAGGCGGCGUGUCGCCAGCUGGUGAAGUGGCUUCACCAAAGCAAGGCGACUCAACUCACCGCGUCCAGCGCACGUUUGGAUCCCCACGGAAGCUUCAGCCCGGCACCGGAGAGUCUCGACGGGAGCCGUCGGAACGACCCCAACAUCGGCAGCUACCGGCUCCAGGACAUCACCGACGUGCACAUCAUGGCCCGGAUACAAGAAGCCAGUUUAAGACAAGAGUUGGUCUCCACCCCGAGCCGAGUUCCAGCGACAUGGAUCGGCAGGGACACGCAGGUGAGAAGGUUUCCCACUGUAACUGACCCCACGGUGUCGCCCAAACGGACUUGUUUUCAGCAGCCGUCACACGCUCCUCCAGCUCAGCCGAGUCCCAAGCUGACCCGACUCCACCAGCAGGUCACCCAGUUCAAGCUGAUGAAGCUGGCUCAGAACCAGGCCUCACACGGCAGAACCCGGCCUCCUCUCAGAACCAGCCUCCGGUCCCUGCAGGCGGUGAGGAACAGCCGGAGCUUAGACACCGAAAUCGAUACAGGCGUCCUCGCCGCGUCAGGUGAGUCGCCUUCCGUGACGUCACCAGUGAACUUGAGCGUCCCGGUGAAGGACCGUUCGGUCCAGUCACCGACGGUGAGGCGACUCCUGAGGUCCCAGUCUCUGAGUCCAGCCCGGGAUCCACCCUGUCCCAGAGCAUAUCUGCCCGCUCGAGGGCGAGUCUUCGCUGCUCUAACGGAACCCGCGGCCUCCGUGCCCUGGAGACAGCUCUAAGAUCAGGACUGGCGUCCACAGGAUCUGGACUGACCUGAUUUGGCACAUAGGACCCUGAUCUUAAACGUCAUUUACAUCGAAAUAGAAGACAAAUAACGUGUUAUACUAAGGAACACGGCACAAGCGAUACAGGAGAAAUCUAGCAUGUAAAUAAAUGCUAAACGUUUAAGAUGCGAAAAAAAAAGAAAAGCGCAAUAAAAUUGUAGAAAUACACAGUGUACACAACAUUUUUCCUAACUUAAGAUUAUACAUGCAUUUGAAAAAAAUAUAUAUAAAAAUAAUCGAACUACAUUAACAAGAACAGGACAAAUAAAUUUAAAAGGGGUUAAAUCGUCUAAAUAAGUUAAAAGUUAUUGAAAAGAACUUUUUAUCCAGAAAACAUUUUGCAAAAAAAAAAGUCACUAUUAAAUACAUUUAUUGAUACAAAUCUUAAAUGAGCUAAUAAAAUGAUUGAAGAGACAAAUUAACGUAUAAAUCUGUAUUUUUAGAAAAAAAAGUGAAUGCAAUUCUAUGAAGUCAUGGUUCAUGCAAUAAAAUAUCUGGAAUAUUUUCCGUUUGCUCUCUCUGAACACAGGAUGUUAGAUAAACAUGAGUGUUGAUAGUGGUGCGGUCAUGUCACCAGCUGCUGUCUAACAUGGUUUGGGCUUCCGGACUGGUGCAGCUACACUGGACUGAUCACACCUCACAGAGAAGGCUGUGCAUUUGUGUCUCGUGCUGAUGCAGAUUUCAUGCAACAGGAAGUUUGCAGCUGAUAAAGAGAGGAAAAAGCUCGAAGGUGCCAGGUACCAAACAGGAAGUGAAGCUGAGGACUCUGCUGAUUGAACUGACUUUGUUGAACACCUGUUACGCUCCAAGACUUUUAUUGAUUCAGGUCAGUAGUUGCUGGCAACUUAACACCAGAGGACGAUAAUGAGUAGAAAAUCAAAAGACAAACAUUAGUUCUCAUUGUUCUUUAAAUGGUACAGUUUCAGUGAAAAUAAUUUACAGAAAAAAACUACAUUAUUUACAAAUCUUUUAUCACAAGUUCAGUCUGAGUCCAGGUCGCUGUCUCCGCCGAUGGAGUGGAACUCUUCGCUCUCCUCAUCCUCACUCAGCUGGACCUGAGAGAGGACCGCCGGCCCUCUCCUCCGCGCGUCGUCUUCCUCGUCCUCGUCCUCUUCCUCGCUGAUGCCGUACUCUUCUCCGUUCCCCAGGCUGGACGGCGGCAGCUGA